AUGCCCCUGUGCAGUGAGCCAGUGUGCCGGGUGUGCAGUACUGCUCGAAACCGCAGGGGGCGCUCGGAUGAGGAUGUUUCCAUCAUGGCGGCAUCCAUUUCAGGAUACACUUUUAGUUCUGUGUGUUAUCAUAGCGCCAACAGUAACUCGGACCAUGAGGGCUUCCUUUUAGGCGAAGUAAGGCAGGAAGAGACUAUCAGCAUCAGUGAUGCCCAGAUUUCCACAGCAGAAUUGAUACAAGUAGUUGAAAUUCAUAAUCAUGAUCCCUGUACACAAUUGUUUAGCUUUUAUGACUAUGCUGGAAAGGUUAACGAAGACAGUCUAAACAACAUACUCCAAGAUCGGCGAAAAAGUGUUAUUGGCUGGUACCGCUUUCGAAGAAACACUCAGCAACAGAUGUCUUUUCGGGAUUUCAUCUCCACAGCCAAUAAUUCUACACAUGCUCUGGAGUAUGUGCUCUUCAGACCCAACACAAAUAGGUACAAUCAGAGGAUAACUCUUUCUCUUCCAAACCUUGGCAACACAAGCCAGCAGGAAUAUAAAGUGUCUUCAGUGCCCAACACCUCAGUUAAUUACACCAAGGUCAUCAAAGAGCAUGGAGCGGAAUUCUUUGAUAAAGACGGAGUAAUGAAGGAUAUCCGAACAAUCUAUCAAGUAUACAGUGCUCUACAAGAUAAAGUGCAGGCGGUGUGUGCAGAGGUAGAGCAGAGUGAACGAGUUAAAGAAAACAUUCAAGAAGAUGUAAACAAACUCAAGCAACAAAUUGCCCUCCGGAAACGGAAAACUGCAGAAGAAGAGAGGAGACAGCUGGAGGCCCUAAAUGCAGACGCUCAUCCCACUCCAGAAGACCACACGGAUCCUCCUGAGGUUGCCCUUCUGUCCAGGAUAGGCUUCCACAGCCCCUCGGCUCCGCAGAGACCUAGUACCUCACCAAACCCCCCUUCUUAUGCAGACCUCAUGUCCCAGGACGACUCUCUGCUGUCCUCUUCCUCUCCCACCAGUGCUGCUCUUCUGCCUCGGCCUCAGGCUGUGGGCUCUCCGGGACACCCCACCCCUGGCCCAGUGGGUAUGGACUUGGGUCUUGGUCUUAGCCUUGGUUCUAACCCUGUCCCCACCCCUAACUCCCCGUAUCUCGGCAAUGGAGAUGGGUCAAGCUCUGAUUCGUUAGACAGACAUGCUGCUGGUCAGGAGGACGACGAUGACGACGAUGAGGAUGAGGAUGAUGAGGAUAGUAGUGAAUAUGAGAACUUGCCUGCGGAUCGUGGGACGGGACCGACGGGACUGGGGCUGUCGCUGCUCCGCGGAAAUGUACAGUCCUUGAAAUGCCCAAAGAGAAGUAAAUAUGCGGCUGGACGCGACCAAGUGAAGGAGCCCGAGUGCGGACUGGAGUGGGCUGCUUCUCCUCAGGGGGAAGGCAGACCGUGUGUGUCGGUGUCGGUGGAUCACGGCAGGAAAAGGGGUGACACUGCCCUCCUUGAGAGUGGAUCUGCCGAGCUGAGUGCCCUGUGA